CGCGGCAGUCGGCAGUCGGCGAGGCAUGCAGGAGCAGGACGAGGAGGUGCGCGGCCCGCUCGCCAGGGCGCUCUACCGGCAGUCGUCGCUGGAGACGCCCGUCAGCGCGCUCCCGCCGCCCUGCGACUCCUCGGAGGAGGAGGAGGAGGAGGAGGAGGAGGAGCACGCCCCGCGCGUCGUGCAUGUGCUGGAGAAGGCGAGGCCCAGCUCUGAGGCGGCGUGGGACCGCCCGGGCUCCCCGCAGCCCGCCACGAGGCCGUCCAGGCGGGAGGGCGCCGCCGAGUCUGUCGGCACCAUGAAGGUUAUAGGUUUCGUGCCUGUAAACAUGGCGUCUCCGAGGCCGAAGUCCCCGAGGCCUCCCGUGUCAGCUAAGAAAGAUGAAAAGGAAGAGUCCAUUUGGGAAAAGAUUGGCACUUUGGGCAGGAAGAAACGAAUUAAAGAAGUACAAGAAGUGCAGGAGGAGGGAAAACAUGCUAUUGACUCGCCUGGCAGUCCCACCGCCCCAGACUUGCCUCCGGAGGACUACGACUUAGAGGAAAAUGAAGAGAGGUCCAUGAUUGAACCUCGGUCAUUCGAAGAUCCAAAACUCAAAGAACUCAUUGCUGUGCUGAUUGAAUGGAUAAAUGAUGAAUUGGCAAAUCAGAGGAUUAUCGUUAAAGAUAUAGAUGAAGAUUUGUAUGAUGGGCAAGUUCUUCAGAAAUUGUUGGAAAAGCUGACAGGAGAUAAGUUGGAUGUUCCAGAAGUGACACAGUCUGAAGAAGGUCAGAAACAGAAACUUGGAAUAGUUCUUCAAGCUGCGAAUAGGGUUCUAGGUCCACAGCGUUGGUCACAGCAAAAGUGGAGUGUGGAAAGUGUACAUUCAAAGAAUGUUGUGGCUAUUCUGCAUCUGCUGGUAGCCCUUGCUCGUCAUUUUCGGGCUCCGGUACGCCUGCCUGAGAACGUGGCUGUCGGUGUCGUCGUGGUGCAGAAACGAGAUGGAUCACUAAGCCACAGAACUGUAUUAGAGGAGAUAACAUCCACCUAUGAUGAUCUUGGAAUGAGAUGUGAGAGAGAUGCAUUUGAUACAUUGUUCGAUCAUGCUCCUGACAAGCUUCAAGUUGUUAAGAAGUCACUGGUGACGUUCGUGAACAAGCACCUGAACAAGGUGAACCUGGAGGUGACGGACCUGGACUCGCAGUUCCACGAUGGAGUGUACCUCACGCUUCUCAUGGGCCUGCUGGAGGGGUUCUUCGUGCCGCUGUACAGCUUCCACCUGACGCCGCACGACUUCGACCAGAAGGUCCACAACGUCAGCUUCGCCUUCGAGCUGAUGCAGGACGUGGGGCUCGCCAAGCCCAAGGCCAGGCCCGAAGAUAUUGUGAACUUGGAUUUAAAGUCAACACUUCGUGUUCUGUACAACCUCUUUACCAAGUACAAAAACAUCAGUUAACAAGUAACUGCCUUAUUUGUUUUACCAUCAAAGAAUCUCUAUAUUUUUGCUAUAAUGUGUUUAUCCUCUUGUUUAUGAAGCAAAGUGCCAUUAUUAAUGUAUAGUAUAAGCUGUUGAAUGCAUGAGUUUGUAUAUUAUAGUUUUUCAAAAUAUUUCUUGUAUUCCUAAUGCAUUAUUUAAAAAAUAUGUAGUUUAUAAUUUUUUUAAAAAUAUUUUAUAUAAGUGUUCACAUUUAUGAUUAUACAUACACGUAUCUGAAGCUUACAGUAUACAGUAAGUAGUUAAGUUAGACUUGCUUCUCUCUGGUUUAUAUUUUAAUUGAGACCUACAUUAUGUGACUUCGUGAAAACCCAUGACUUCCUUUAAAUGUAAUAAAAAAUAGCAUAAUCAUAGAAUGGAUGCCAUAUUAGUUAUUACAUUAAAUGAAAAAUGCAUCACACUUUGGCUAUUGCCCUUCCGAAUGAUUGAGCCUGAAAGAAUACAGUAGCAACAUGUAGAGGUGUUCUGCAAAAGUUUGUUAGUGUACUAUCAUGUGAACACUGCAGCUUUUGGCCAUGUUUAAGCACAUGAAAUAUUUUGUGAAUUUUAAUGUAUUUAAUGAAUGAUUAUUGUCCCGACUGCUUGUCACUGUUUAGUCUCUCUUGUGUUUCACUCCUGUCAUUCCUCUUAUCCAAGUGGGAUUGGAUUUUUUUUUUUUUAGAUAUACUCACACUCGGUCAGAUUUUCUUCAGAGAAAUAGCAUGUGUAAAAUUAGUUUAUUUUUGCAGUACACCAAAACAAAUGUGAACAGAUUCAGUAAAACCUGUGUUUGAGCCCUUUUUUAUUAUUUUAGUCUUAGUGUAUUCAAAUAGCCAGCAUAGGGAUAGAAGCUUUGUAACAUGUCUUAUUAUGUUAUUUCAUAACAUGACUACUAUGUAUAGUGCUUUUUAGUUAAGUUGUGCAAAAAAGUUGUUUAAAUUGAUUUGGAGGGGAUGAAGAAAAAUCUAAAACUUUCAAGAGGUGAGAAUUCUGUUACAAAGAGGUUUGUGUAAACUUGUUUAUUUUUGUUUUUAUCCAACCCCUCUAUCAAAUUUAUGUACUAAUAGCAUGUCAUUUUGAAUGCCAAAUUUUAAAAUUGGUGUUUGCAUGCAAAACUUGGCAUGUGUUAAUGACCAGACUUUUAUCCUAGUAAAAUAAUGUAGGAUAUCCUAAUUUUGAUUUGCAUUUACUAUGAACUACAGAUACGAGAUAGGUGCACUAAUUUCCAAUUUUUACUGUAAGCUACUAUAAGUUGUAAUUUUUAAAAUAAAAAUGUUUUAAUUUA